GUCGUCCCCCGGCCGUCGUUCAAGUGUGCAUGAACGUCGGUCAUCAUCUCCGCCGGCUGCAGCCGCCGCCGCCGCCGCCGCCGCCGAGAGAGGAGAGUAGCUGUGGGAAAAACGCGAAACAAGAAAACAAGCCGGGACAAGUUCGCUUUCGUUCGUGGAUCCGUGUGAGUUUUGCGCGCUGACCGCAACGGGCAAUUCGCCGGUGCAUCUACGGUGCAUCCCGCCGCGAAGCGAGUUGUUCUCCAGUCCAGUUCUCCAUUAUUCGGGGUGUGUGUGCGCGCGCGAGCGCGCGCGAGUCCGCGAUGUGCUCCGAAAGGGUUGCCGAACUCCGCGGGGAUCGUUGAUCGUGAUCUGUGCUACGCGACCAAUUGUCCGUGAUUUAUGCAAUCUGAUCGAUCGCGCGGUCCAAUAAGGAUAAAUCAUAUACGCCGUUGUUUAUUUUAGCUUUUUAUAGACUUUAACGGAACGUGGAAGCAAGGUGAUCAGUUGUUUCAAGGCUCGCUAAAUAUCGGCCGUUCUCCAUUAAAAAUGAAGAUCGAUCAGCUCGGGCUUCUUCUUUGGAAGAACUACAUCAUUCGGAAGCGACAGCCAGGAAUUCUGGCCCUAAUUUUUCUCUGGCCAGUAGUGGUUUUCAUGAUUCUCUACACGGUGCGCGACAAUGUCGAGCCGGAGUAUCAUCCGACGUGUCAGUUUCACGCGAGGUCGAUGCCACAAGACGGGCUUCUGCCUUUCGUGCAGAGUUACAUAUGCAGCGUCGGAAGUCCCUGCGAUCCGUUAUCGGAAUACGAGGAGGUGCCGUCGUACAAAAACGCCACUUUAGGUCCUUUAAUCGUGGAACUGCAACCGAUGGUCAAUAACAAGACGAUUAUCUCCGCUGUGGAAACACUGCCGCAGAGUAUCCAGUUGUUGAAGUCAAUGGCACAAAUACUCACCAAGCCGGAAAUCAAGGCGCUUUUUGAUAGAGGAAUUCGUUUGGGCGACUUGUUCAACAAUCACGAAGAAAUUAAGAACUUACUUAGAUCUCAUAUGCCGAGAGCAAGGGAGGGCUUGAUUGACGGUUUGUUCGAGUCAUCCGUAAAAUUAAUAUACUUAAUUGAAACUUUCGGUUCGUCUAACAUCGACGGCGUCAUUUGCUCGCCGGAAAGCCUGAAGAAGUAUUUGAUUCUACCCAAAGAGGAGGAUUUCGCGGAGAUCUCGAAUGUUCUUUGCAACAUCGACCCGCUAGCAAUCCCCGAUAUUUUGGAGAAUCUUUCGAAACACCUGGACUUUACUGGUUUACUGGAGAUGGUCGACCGCGCGAUGGCGAAGUUUCGCGAUUACAAUUUCUUCCAGGAUCUGAAACGGGCAACGGAGACCAUCCUCGAUUUGAAAACAUCCAAGAAGUACAUACCGGAGUACUUGAGGAUCCGUGAAUGGCUGCCAAAAAUAAUCUUGGUCUUUCAAAAUGUAAACUUUAAGGAAAUUGAUCUGGAUUUCAUCAAUAAAGCCCUCGUGGUUCUCGAUCCCGUAUUUGCAUACGAACGAGAUUGGCCGGUCGCUCGAAGCGGAUUUUUGAAAAUAAACAGACUCCUGAAGAUGGUGAAAGAAGUUGUCAAAAACCGCGAAGUCAAUUCCACGGAUGAUUUCUUCAGCGUGAUGGAUCGGUUGCGCGGGGCGAUAUCGGCUAUCUCCUCGAAUCCGGAUAAUUAUGAAAAUAUCACGCAGAUAUUAGAUCUGUCUUUUCAGAUCAUGCAGGAUGGUAUCAAGCUCACUAAUAAACUACUGGAUCGCCACGUGGAUGGUUUUGAAUUAGCCGCUGAAGUUUUCGAUGGUCUCAGAAGCUUCUUCUCCGAUAAUAUAGUAAAUUCAGUUACAUACAUUGUAUCAUUGAUGGAUAAUAUCGUGCAAAUGAUCCAUCAUGUUGCUAUCAUUCACGAAGAAACUUUGAGAAGAUUAUACGAGAUCUCUAAAAGACAUCAGAAUUUAGUUCAAAAGAUAUUGACAAAUUUCCAACCUACUGUGUACAAAACGGUUAUUCGGUCCUUUUCCCGAUUAGAUUUUGUGGAGCGUCUCGUAAAUGAUGUUAAAAAAAGGAAAGUCGAAGAAGUGUUUUGCCAAGAAGGCACAAUGAAAGAGAUAUUCGAGAAUUAUGUUGAGUUUCAAGACAAAUCCAAAGAAAUAAACGAAUUAAUCUGCGGCGAUGACGGAAAGAAAUUCAUUGCCGACGUUUAUGACAGUUUUGAGUUCGAGAAGUUUGGGAAAAUUGUGACAAAUACUUUAUCGACCAUGGUCACUAUGGCAUUCAAACAAGUAGUCAGGGUUGAGAAUUCAAACUUAACAUCCGUUGUGAGAAAUGUCAAAGGAUUCGUGGCUUAUCUGAACGCGCGAAAAGUAAAGUACUUAAAUUGGGGCAUUUUUGAAAUCACUGAUGAAUGGAAAAAAACUUUCAACGAGAUGCAACAUCAAGGAAGAUUAGAUGUCUUGGGAAUUCAUCUGAGCAUAGCGAAGAUGCUGGGUAUUCGCAGUUUAUCGUACAUGUCCGUCAAACCGGAUCUGGAAAAUAUGGAUAUGAUAGCUGAAGUAAUUUUGCAAGAUCUACGAAAUAAUCCUACCAGCUGGAUCGGGGAAGUACGCCGACACGAAGCUGAGUUAAUCGAAUCGUUUUACCUUACCAUCACGGAUAAAGAAAAGGCCUUGCAGAUCCUGGAGUAUUCCAAUUUCACGCGUACGUACUGCACGGAAUUGAAUCCGCCGAAUUUGCUGAAUUUUCCUAAGGAAUCGAAUAGCACGAUUCUGAAGGAAUUGACGUGCUAUCUAUCCAAAAUUGUGCAAAGGAAUCUGGAAUUGAACGUGACCAACAUCGAAAUCGAGGAAGCCACUUACAGGCUGAGGGAAUUUAAUUGGACGGCUUUCAACGAGAAGACAAUCGAGAUUUACCAAUACGUCGAUACCCUGGUGCAGCAGGAGGAUCAGCAUUACGAUUUGAAGAAAUUGGAGGAAUUGAGGGAGAACUUUAAGAUUUCGUGGACGACGAACGUAACGACGAAAGAUGCGUGGGAGAUCAGCGUAGGUUUAAUCUGCAAGGUCUUUAACGUGAUGGAGAGUCCGUUGUUCGGAAUACAGACCAAGAAAAGUUGGAAGAAUAUUUACGGGCUCGCGUGGGUGACCUCGGUGAUUUUCGACAAUAUCGAGAAGAUCGUGGAUCAGAUCCAGAAUCGCGGCCACGUGGCGAGGCUCUCCGACGUUUUGCAGGAGAUGCCGCAGACCGAGAUACUUGUCGGCACGUUCCUAAGAAAUUUAUCCCCGGUCAUUCUCGAUAUAGUCGACAUGAUAACUCUGAGGCCGGUGCCUCUUAUAUCGGCUAUUGACGAUUACAAAGAACGUGAAGUAAUGUGGCCCUGCAUUUUAAACGAAAGCGUUGGCGCUGCAUUAGAACUAAGAAACGGAAGUCGGGAAGUCGUUAGAGAGAUUGAAAGGAUCGCUUGCAACCCAACUCUAUUUAUCAAAGAGUGGAGAGAGCAACCGGUAAUAAUGAGGGUUCGAAAAAUUUUCGAGCAUGAUGAAAAUGUAGAUUUACCGCCAUUCAACUGGACUCUGGGCUACACGAAAUUUCGACGAUUAGUGACAAAGUUCAGCGAUUUGAUAAAUGACGCUAAAGAUGUUGUUUUGGCGGAAGAACCGAAAUUGGAGAAAUACCUAACGACACUCGUGACAGAAUCAGACAGCAUUAUGGAGGAAAGAUUUCCAAGCAUGCAAAAUGAUUGGAGAAAUACCUUGGAUCAUAUCGACCUAGAGAUCGACAAGGCAAUCGCACCUUUCGGGAGUGACCUUUCUGCAAGUAAAGUUUGGAAACCAUCGGUCAACGUUACUGAUCGCGUUCUUAUCUUUUUGAAAUAUGCUUCUAACGUUAUUCACAAAACCGCACGUGUCGUGAGCGGUAUAUUGAAAAACGGCACAGGAAAAAUCAGUUUAUUAUCCUUGUUAGGAUUCGAUAGUAUCUCCCCUAUUACUAUUUUCCACGAUCAGUUACCUUUCAUUCUGUCGACGCUGAUAAACGCGAUAUCCGAUCCUGAAAUAGACGAUCGUAUUGUCACAGCAUUGGAAAAAAACACUACAAUCACAUGCUCGAUGAUAUUCGAUUGGUUUUCGGAUUUUAAAGUCGGUCUAAGUGUCGAGGAGUACAGAACUUUGAAAAAUUUCACUUGCGAUCUCGAUCCUGAGAACUUUAACGUCUACAUGGAUCUCUAUGUGGCGGAAAUAACAAUCUGGGAUAAACCCGCCAGCACAUAUCGAUCUUACGUAGCUUCAAUAAUCGGCGAUUUGUACGAUCUUGCCCAAGCUAUUAGCACCACAGUCAAGCACAACGUAAUUAUCGAGCCGCCGUUCUCGAAGAGAUAUUUGGACCAUAUGUUGCAGAUGAUGAAAGAGAGUCUAGAGAUCGGGAGCGAAGAGAGUCCUUUGCACAAGGAAUUGAAGCUAGGUCAAGGAUGGUCGAAUUACAGAUUACUGAUGGAGGGCGUGUCGGAGGUUUUGAUCCACAUUGGCAACGCGUUGAAGAGUGCCACGAUGCACGACAACAAAUUGGAAACUUGGCAAUUAGCAGAGAAUGGCGAUACGCGUCAAAUGCUGAAGAUUCUGGAGGCUCAUCCGGAAGAGACUAUCGCGUUAGUUGCCACCCUUAGCACGUUUAACGAUACGACCAACGAGUUUAUGCCCUUCAAGGAUAUCAGGAAAACUAUGUGUACUCAGCAUUUUAAUUCCGAUUAUUGGUCCACGACGAACAGAACGCGCUUUCUACAGGAAGUGUGCUCGUUCGAUCCUUAUCAGUUGCUGAAGACCGCCACGAGCGACGAAUACCACGAUCUUAUCACCGGUCGGACAACUGCCUUAUUGAGAUCGACGCCGAUAAUUAUGUCGUUAACAAAAUUAUUGGACAUUGUCUCGAAUUUUACCGCGGCGUCGCCAGGGGUGAGUCUCAGAUCAAACAUCUUCAACGCGACGACGUGGGGGAGUCUGUCCAACGAAACCUGGGCCCUGAUCCUGAGGUCUGAGAAAUCCUGGAUCCAUCAGUACCGAAACUCCGCGUGGUACAGAUUCAACAUGACGUCAUACCGUACGGAUUACCUUGUCGGGGCCAGGAAACUGUUUCAGCUCCUGGACUACGUGGUCGAUCUCGCGUCCGGCGGAGAUAUCUGGCAGAAGCUGCGUGUCAUAUCCGAGACCUCGAAGUACAAGUCGCUGCUAACACUCGCGGAAGAUGCGCCUAAUCUUUUUAUCACCUUCGUCGAUACCUUCGUCUCGUCCGAGAGGCUGGACGACUUCAUACAGAAGUUCCUUCUCGGCCAAGUGCACCCCUGCGAUAUCGAUCGAUACCUGAUCCCACCCAGCUACGUGAGGAAGAGGGGCUUGCUGACCAGUAUUACGAACUUCUGUCAGGAUCCGUUGCUAUUCAAUGGAAAAAACAACCAGGACAGCUCCUCUACGCCAAAUAUGCCUCAAUCGGAAAGUGUUUACGAAGCGCAGCUGUUGCAAAAGGUGCAGAAAUUUCAAACCACUUUGAUUCGCGUUUCGUCAGAAGGCUUCAAGCAGCCGAAAAUUCCUGCGUGGUGGACGUCAUUCGAAGAAGGCACCUUAAAAGAGUUCGUCGCGCAAUAUAAGAGAAAGGACACGAGAACUUUGGCUUAUGCGAUGGUGAAGAAGUCAAUAUCGCUUUUAAGAAAGUUUUUGGAAACUCAACCUAACACUGCAAAUUGUACGUGGUGCGUUACGCUUCCACUGGAGAUUUUAAAUUCUCAAUUGAUGCACCAUAAUCUCUACUCAAAAUUACUUUGUAAAAUGAAUCGAUUAAAUAUAUCGGAAGUGCAUAACAUCUUGAUGAAUGACUUCAACUGGAAUAAAACAGGCAAUAUGGUCAAAGAUUAUAAAUAUCUGAAUAAGAAGAAGACGCUAGACGAGUUCUUAGAUACGUUCGAAACUACUUUGCAUUACAUCGCCGAUAUCCUGAUCGAUUUCCAAAAUGAGACGUAUAGUAACAGAGUGGACGAAUGCUUUUACAAAUUUGUCGGCGGUCCUACGUAUUCUAGACCAGGGUUGUAUGUUACGUUCAUUCUGAGUAUAUUGGACAUGCUGGAAAAGAACGUUUACAUUCUGGACUCGGCGACCAUUCACGAGGGUAUCAACAACUUGACCAGAUUAGCCGAGAAACACGUGCCGAUUUGGAAACCGUUGCGCGACGUGGUGAAAAAGUCCGAUCUCGCCGACAUCGACGCCGCGCUACCGAACGCCACUAUCAACGUGAACGCGAUUCUAAGCGAUCUGAACACGACCCUGUGCAGGACGAAAGUUGACUGCCAAAACGCGACGGUUCUGUACGAUUUUCUCAGCUCGAAGAGAGCGGUCAAGGUUUUCCGAUACGAUCCGAAGGCGUCGAAAUAUCCGUCGGUAUCGGACAUUUCGAGCCGAUUGGCUCGCAGUCUGGACGUGGAUCUCAUAAGUCGGCAGCUGUCUUUCUGGCGCUCAGAGGCUUCCUGGAAUCUUGUCUGGCUCAAGGAGAUCUUGCUUCAUUUGUCCUCGAUCCUCGGAGAAGGCGGAAAUCUGCUGGACGUCGCUAGUAAAAUAGAUCUCGACGACGUCACCAGCGUUCUCGGCGUUCCCGAUCUCGCCGAGGGCAUCGUCAAUAUAUUGAAGGAUAAAACAAUCGACAAAUUAUUCGACGGGAUGAAAGAACUUCUCGAAGAUGUGGAACCGUUCAUAGGCGAUCACGAAAUAAUCGAUGAUUUACAUUUACUAAUCUCAACAUUGGAAUCGAUGGAGAUCUUUAAAAACCUGGGACUGCUGGAUAUGAAAUAUGUUGUCAAAGAAAUGUUCGACAAUUGGGACUUCGUGCAAACUUAUUUGAUCGACAGAAUUGAUAUUACCAAAGAGGUCGCUCUCACCUUAGGCCAAGCUAAGAUAGACAUGCUUUCAGUCUUCAUGAAAGAACGCGGCAUCAUUAGUCUAAAAGAUAACAUUUGUUCACCCGAGAAGCUUGGCGAUAUGUUGCACUUCGAUAACAAUGUCGUGACUGCCGAAGAAGUUAGCUCCGCGCUCUGCCAAUUGGAGGACUCCCAGACGCAAAAUAUCGCUAUCGCAUUGAUGAAGAACUUGAACUUCGAUUAUAUUUUCAAAAACUUAAUGAGCGCUAAUGUGAAAAGUAUAUUAGCUAACGCAAAUUUAACCGAGACCGAAGGGAAAAUUAUAUUGGACAAUCUUGGCGUUGUUGCGGAACUAUUUCCAUUCUUCAAAGACAAGCUAUCGGCGAGUUUUUCUUUCGGAAAUGAAACAGAACAAAGUGACACGGAAGAAACGGAUGAAGAACUAUCCAAAUCAGAUUUUCUGAAGGACUCUAGCAAACUGCUCUGUGGUAAAACAUUGAUCGACCAAGACGAGGGACAAAUUUACAAAAUUAUUUCCAGCUUGAAGGACAGUAACAAGGCAUCCGAUCAGAAGGAACUCGAUUCUUUGCCAAAUGACUCCUGCAGAGAAACGUAUAAAACUGUGCUCGCUAUACCCGCCGGAAAGAUUAUCUGGUCGUACGUUAAGCCUCUGUUACGCGGACAGAUUCUUUACGCACCUAAUACUACUGUGAUCUCCGAGAUCAUGGCGUUGACGAACGAAACUUUCGUGCAGAUGGAACACUUCAGCGUGCUGAUGAACAGUGUCGAGAAGACUCUCAAGUCUCUGGCCAAUCUUACAGAGAUGGGCGACAGUUUGAAGGAAUUACAGAGUCUAAUGUCCUCCGACAUCAUGAAGGUUGCGAUCAAGUCGUUGGGUGGUGGCAAUUUCAAAGGUGACUUUCCCGAGUUGAAUCUCAACGAGAUCGCAUUGCGGCUGAAAAAAUCGAAGAAGCUGAUCUCGAUGAUCGGCAUGUUAAACGGUAUGAUGGGAUGCGUGCUGGUGAAUAGGACAAUAGGAUUUUCCACGGAGGAGGAGCUGGAAGUAGCGGCCAGCCGCUUAACCGACACGAACGAGUUUCUGGCCGGGGUGAUCUUUUUGGACGACGCUUCUUCGCGUCCGGCGAAGAGAUCUCUGGAUCACGAAUUACCGGACGAUAUCACCUAUAAGAUCCGCAUGGACGUGGACUCCGUGCCGUCCACCAGGCGAAUGAAGAAUCAAUUUUGGAUCCCCGGGCCGGAAAGUAGCUUCAUCGAGCAUCUCAGGUAUCUUCGGGGUUUCAUUCAACUUCAGGACUCCGUCGAUCGCGCGAUCGUGAAGGUGAAAACGCGCAGAUACGAUCUCAACUGGAAGACGGUGACGCAACAGAUGCCGUAUCCGUGUUGGAAACACGUACCAUUUCAAACGACACUUUACGAAUCUCAAGGUUUGCAAGUGUGCUUCUUCUUCGCGUUAAUGAUGUGCGUUGGAUCGGCCGUCAGGCACAUCGUUUGGGAAAGAGAAUCACAAAAUUCUAUGGUAAUGAGCGUGAUGGGAUUGAAGCCAUGGCGAAACACUCUGGCCUGGUUUAUCACGUCUUACGCGGAGCUAUCGAUCGUGAUGAUUACGAUUUCCAUAAUUUUACUGGCUGGAAAAAUCCUUCCACGCUCGGAUCCUCUCGUGGUGCUUAUUUUACUUUUCGAUUACAUCUUCUCUAUAGUAACCUUCUGCUAUAUGCUCUCGACAAUAUUUAGCUCCGCCAGUCUCUCCGCUGUUACCACGGUCGUCAUGUUCCUGUUAACUUACAUGCCGUACAUCAUUGUUAUCGCCAUGGAGGCCGUAUUCGCAUUCGGAUACAAACUUUUAAUCUGCCUGAGCAUGUCAACGAGCUUCUGUUACGGAUGCCUAUACGCGGUGCGAAAAGAAGUUCAAGGCGUCGGUCUUACUUGGGCAAACAUGUGGGAGGAAUCGAGUCCUGGUGAUUCGAUGACUUUGGGAUUGCUGUUGAUAAUGAUCGCUUUCGACGGUUGUCUGUACGCCGCGAUCGGUUACCUCAUCGCUAGAUACACCGAUUCAGGUAGGGGCUUUCACGGUUUGAGGUCCCGUAGCUUAUGGUGGGCCAACACACGCUCUCUCUAUGGCAGGCCGAGCUACCUCGCCUUCGUCAACAACCUCUAUUUCACUAACGACGUACUCCACCCCUCAGCCACUUACCAAGAUGACGAGAGCGAUCUCAGUAAUUUGACGGUGACAGAGAAGCAAAUCGGCGUGAAAUUCGAGGGUGUCAGGAAGGUCUAUCCCACCGAACGAGGUGACGUCGUCGCCGUGGAGGACUUCACUUUAAAGCUCUGCGAGGGCGAAGUAACAAGUCUGCUUGGAAGAAAUGGCGCAGGGAAGACUACUAUUAUCAAGAUGCUAACGGGAAUGGUGGCGCCGACCAACGGCGAAAUUUGCUUGAACGGCGAGGAAGGUUGCAAGCCCGACAUAGGAGUGUGUCCGCAGGAAAACGUACUCAUCGGCACUCUGACGCCGAGGGAGCACAUGGUCUUUUACUGGAAGCUUAAGAAACCUAAUGACGAUAAUAACAAUAUGCAGAGGAAUGUUAACAAAAUGCUGACCUCCUUGGAACUCGGACGGCAAGAACACGAGCCUGUGUCGCGUUUGUCAGGCGGUACACGACGCAGGCUUUGCGUGGCCCUGGCUUUCCUCGGCUCGCCACGUUUGGUGAUCUUGGACGAGCCCGGCGCCGGAGUGGACCCUGCGGCCCGACGACGGAUCUGGCGACUGAUCGACCAGCACAGAGUCGGCAGAACCGUGCUCCUGUCGACUCACCAUCUGGACGAGGCCGACAUGCUGAGCGACACGGUUGUGGUGAUGCACAAAGGGAAGAUCUUGUGCACCGGCUCGCCACUGUCCUUGAAAACGACGUACGGCACGGGAUACAAACUGAACGUGUCUUUCCCGCCCAAUCACUAUGCCAAUGGGGAAGCGGGGAUAGGAGGGAUAACAGAGACGGUCGACAAAAAGAACCUGAAGGCUCUUCGUGCCGUGGUCGAGGAAGUUAUACCGAACACCAUGGUAAACGAGGUCUCCGAGUCAGAGGUCACCGUAGCGUUGCCUUUUCAGGGAAAAAAUGGCAUUAACAAUGACCAGGGAUAUUUCAGCAUCGCGCAAGUGGCGAAGGCGUUGGAAGACAAUCGUAAGCUCUUGGGAUUCUCGCACUUCUCAUUGGAGUGCGACACUCUGGAAAGAGUCUUCUUGGAUCUUUGCGCGCGGGCAGACAACGGAUCGAGCGUUAUCAGAGCGAGCCAAGAUAGCGUCAUUAAUGUGGAGCACGUCGAAGUUCCUGUAUUAGACGACAACAUCGAUUUAAUUACCGAUACAGUACUGAAACCCUCGCCAAUUCGACAAAUGAAAGCCAUGAUAAAAAAAAGGCUAUGGCAUUUCGCAAGAGACUGGAGGGCGCCGUUAGCCGCGCUCGUUUUACCAACCAUGUUCGUUGCGGUCGCUAUGGGAUUUUCUCUGAUACGGCCACCGUCCGAGAAUGAGCCGCCUCUGGCUUUGACUCCCAAACUUUAUGACACCCAUCCGACUUACUUCUACAGUAUCGACAGUAAUGACCAGUUCCUACAGCAUGUAUCUAUGCAGCUGCACGAUCGCUUCGGAGAUGAUUAUGCUGGUGCAUGGCAAACUUUACCUAAUGAUACCGGAACCUGCGAAUGUGUCAACGGUCAACAAACUUGUCGAGGCGUUUCUAAACCUAUCGAAGGUCUUCUUCAAACCCUACCUGGCCGACCUACUCUGGAUUGGAUAGUCUCGACACAUCAGGAAUACAUAGAGAAACGAUACGGCGGGUGGUCUCUGACGCACUCCAAGGAGGAUCCCCUUUUUAUCGUUUGGUACAAUAAUAAAGGUCACCAUUCGAUGCCGGCGUAUCUGAACGCUCUCAACGAGGCAAUCCUGCGAGCAUCCGGGGUGCGAGGACACUUAACCACACUCAAUCACCCCUUGAAGCUAUCGAGCGAUCAGCUGAAUCGAACGACACUAUUGCAACAUGUGUCGGACGUCGGCAUAGCGUUGGUACUUUUGAUAGCUUUCAGUUUGGUUGGAGCUCAGGGAGCGAAGGAGAUAGUCAGAGAACGAUUGUCAGAGGAAAAGAGAAUACUUUAUUUGGCUGGAGUUCAUCCUAUCACGUACUGGACGACAAUUUUAAUUUGGGAUUUCAUAGUAUUCAUUUGUUCUAUCUGCCUAGCGGUAAUUGUUUUCGAGAUCUUUGGUUUAUCAGCCUACGUUGCGAAAGAUAAUCUGGCCGGUGUCUGUCUUCUGUUAAUUAUGUUCGCAUGGGCGGCGUUACCGUUUUCGCAUCUAGCCGAAAAAGCGUUCGACGACUCGAGCCUGUCCAACAUGGUGCUCUUCUGCGUAAACACCUUCAUAGGCGUGGCUUCCCUAGCGACUAUUUUAGUCCUCGACAUCCUGGGCAGAAGUAAAACGGCCGAAGACGCGCGGAACAUCCUACAUUACAUUCUAAUGAUCUUCCCGCAAUAUACCCUCGGCGACGGGUUAGUCGAGAUCACGAAGAACGACAUCACCGCCGAAUUGUUGCAAAGAUUUCACAUGGACACUUACAAGUCCCCGCUCGGCUGGGAUCUCCUCGGCUUCCAUUACGUCUACCUGUUUGUAAUCGGGGCGAUUCUAUUCGUGCUGAAUCUGAUAAUCGAGUGUCGAGUCCUGCCUAACCUGAGGCAGCGGAAGAUCGGUUACGAGGCGGUGCAGGAAGACGAGGACGUUGCCAGGGAGAGACUGAGAGUUGAGACGGGAAUGGUUGACGACACCCUGAAGACCAUAAAACUGAGGAAGGAAUACAAGAGCGUGUACGGGACAAAUGUCGCCGUGCAAAAUUUAAGUUUCGGCGUACAGGCCGGGAAGUGCUUCGGUCUCCUGGGGGUGAACGGGGCCGGAAAAAGCACGACAUUCAAGAUGCUGACAACGGAAAUCAUUCCUACGGCCGGGAAGAUUAUUCUGAAGGAGGAAGAGAUUGGCGGGAGACCGUUGUGUAAUGGCGAAGUCGGCUACUGCCCGCAGAGUGAUGCCCUGGACGGAUUCCUCACACCCCACCAGUGUUUGACGAUUCACGGUGAAGUCUGCGGGUUGAGCAACGUUCCUAAGGCUGUGGAGAUAACGCUGAAGAGGUUCGAUCUACUCAAGUAUGCUCAUAGAAGGGUCUCCGGUCUCAGCGGCGGUAACAAAAGGAAGCUGUGCGCCGCAAUAAGCGUCAUGGUUCCUGCCGCAGUAGUUCUCAUGGACGAGCCCACGAGCGGAAUGGAUCCCGCGACGAAGAGUCUCGUGGCCAGAGCCGUGAGACAAGUGACGAGGAGUCAGGGAUGCGUCAUAUUAACGUCGCAUAGCGUCGCCGAAUGCGAAAACCUUUGCACGAGGGUGGGCAUCCUCGCCAGAGCCGGUCUCAGGUGUAUAGGAACGCCGCAGCAUUUGAAGCACAAAUUCGGCGAAGGAUACAUCGCCUUCCUGAGAUUUGGCCAGCCAGUUUCCGCCACGGAUCUUAGGAGGGUUAUCCUGAAAUAUCUGCCGCAGGCGAUCAUCUCUUCGAAGCAAGCAACGGCUGCUCGGCUUUUGCUACCACGGAGUCAGGACAUGGCGCUCAGUGUGAGCUUCAGCAUGCUGAAGCUCCUGGCGGAGGAGCUUAAGGCCACGGACUACACACUCACACAGAGCUCGCUGGAUCAGGUCCUGGUGACUUUCUCGGAGGAGCUGGACGACGAGGCCGUCGACGUGGCUGUCUUCGGCCAGGGCAGCAGGAACAGCGUGCCCAACAUGUACUCCAGCAUGGAUACCAUUCACAUGGACACGUUUUGAACGUGUGCCGUUUAAUUAGGCUAAGCUUCGGAAGCGUUUCGCUUCAACUAGACGCGCAGAAUUAUUUGAAGUUUUACGUUUUCACUCGGUAAAGCCUCUCCUGUUCGUCGUACUCCAGCGGCGCGCAUUUUCGUGGCGAUUACUGUGAUAGUUUGCCUUUACGUUCGACGCCACGGCAAAACGCGCGAUUCUUACGAGUUUAAAAAAAAAAAAAAGGAAUCUUGUGAUUUUCUUACAUGGUUUUCUCCGAGAGAAAAGAUCCAUUUUUUAGGCCGGGUCUCAGAAAAGAAUUCGCGACGAAACAGCUUCGACUCAAUCUCGGAUUUAAUUUGUAAAUAUCAUAUUUUCCUGGCAAUUAUGAUUUAGCAAUAAUUCUAGAAUUAUUAGUCUCUUUUUAAUAGAGUGUAAAUGUGUGUAAGUACGUUUUUAGAAUUAGAAAAUUAAGGAAUAUGUAUAAGUAGGGUUUUAGCAACAGAUAUUCUUCGCUGCUGACAGAGUGGACGCCCGUGUUGGGAAUCAAUGCAUGAUUUAUUUAAACAAUGUAUAUUUGUAAGAGCGAGAAAAAUAUCGAGUGGCUGGUAAGGGUGAUUGGUGAGGGUGAUUGGUGAGGGAAUUGAAUUAACUAGAAACAUUUCGUAUUCCUUUAGCGAAGAUUGCAAGUAUCAGUAAAAUCAUUAAAAAAUAUUGAUAAUUACAUUAAUUUUAUAGUAUUUCGAAUAAUUGUGACAGUAUUCCAUCGUAUCGCUAUAAUUAUUAGCGGCCCGUCUAUUUUACACAAUAUUUUGUAUUAAGUAAGCUGUCGAUAAAUAUCGCUCGAGCAAUUAUAACGGAAUAUUAGACAUCAAUAUCUUUUCACAUGCCAACUGAUCUAAUGCCGCUGCCUAUAUUACAAUCGAAAUAUUUUAUAUAAUCGAUAUACAAUUAUACACGUUGACAAAUAUAUUACAUAGCUAAAUAUA